AUGACGUCUCUAAUCUUUGGAGGGAUCUAUAUGGGCCACAAAGGCAUCGUCAACCACCGGCGCGAGAAACAACGGAAGAAGAACUACGAGCGCUGGGAGGGCCUGCGAGACGAGUACGACGAGCAGAGGAAAAUAAGCCGAGAAUCUCGAUCGCUGGACAUACAGCGCACUGGAGAUUACGACCCCGACAGACCGAUUUUGACGCUGCGUGAUCAACAAGAGGCAAAUGACGCUCGCACAAGUUGGCGACCCCAAGAAGCCUGGGAGGAGCCUCCCAGACGGACCAGCGUCGAAGUCACAUCCGGCUCAGGUCUAAGACCACUGGCGACCAACAAGACCGGCGCAACGUGGGACGAAGGGCUCCCGCAGCCUCUGAAAGUGAGCCGGCGCAAUUGGGAUGACUACGCCCCUGCCGUCAGCAGGAGCAGCAGUUUGAGGAAAGCAAGUACCCCGAAUAGUCCGCCACGAGACACAAGCAGCAGCAACAACACGCCGUCGAUGAGCAACAGGCCCUCUCCUCGACUAGACGCACCUGUCCCGAUGACUCAUCCUUCCCAUCCUCAUGCUUCGAGGGGCGUGGCCACUCCGCUCGAGACUACUAUGCACCAUGAGGCCUUAGAACCUAUUCAACAUGCCACGCCGGGUGGACUCAUGGCGGAACUGAUCGAAGGGGCCGACCCGCACCGUCCGACGCCCUACACUCAUCAACCACCGCAGACUUAUACAGGAUACCCGGCACAGCAAAACUACUACCCGCCCGCUCCUGCGCCUGCGGCCGCCCCUGGACCUGGACAGGAUGACGGCAGCAUGCAGGAAUGGUGGAAUCGACCUCUGAAUUAA